AUGGCUUGGGAAAAGUCGAGAAGAUAUCUGGAUAUUGUCGGCGAAGAUGAUGCUGGUGUAUAUUGCGCAAAACGCUACUUCAGUCUCAUAGACGUGAUCCGCUCACCAGUUGCAACAUCACAAAAGAAGCGUUGUCAAAGGCAGCUGAAGCUGUGCAUUCAUAGCGCCCAUACACAUUUGACAUUAGGUGCAAUCCCGAUUGUUUCUCUAAUACUGUGAAACAUGCUUCUGGAAAGGAUCUGGAAAAGCUUUCAAGAAAAGAUUUCA